AUGACUACGGGCACGUCAGAACUCCCGGCUGCAUAUGUACAGGCUGGCCUACCUGAUGACCACUGGCGCCCUACGUACGAGGACAUCCAUAUUAUGAUCCGGGAUAUCUCUGUGAAAGUACGAGAGGAGUUCAACCCGGAUUUGAUGGUGGCUAUUGGCGGCGGUGGUUUCUUCCCUGCGCGUGUGCUUCGUACGUUCUUGAAAAAGCGCGACGAAAAGAACCCAUCCAAGCUGCGCAACGUGCCGAUCCAAGCGAUUGGGCUGAGUCUUUACGAGGAGGUCGAGGGAGAGUCGGCAGAGAAGAUUGGCACGGAAGUCAUCCGUACGCAAUGGCUCGACACAGGCCGCGUUGACCCUGAGGCGAAGAAGCGCAACGAUGCUGGCGGCCUUCUGGGCAAGAACAUUCUGAUUGUGGACGAGGUCGACGACUCACGCACUACGUUGCACUAUGCAUACCAUGAACUAUUAAAGGACGUGCGCAAGGCGCUGGAGUCGUACACGCCUGAAGAGCGCCAACAGCUGCGCCCUACGCGAUUCGCUAUUUUUGUGGUGCACAACAAGUUGGGGCCCAAGCGGGCUGAGCUGCCGGUGCUUGAGGGACCGGCGAUGGAAGAAAUUGUCGACGGUGUGAGCACCGGCGUAUAUUACUAUGCAGCAGAAACAACGCCGCCUGUGUGGAUUGAAUUUCCCUGGGAAAUGACAGACAUCCAAGAGCACAACCGGCUAGCUGCGAUCGCCAAAGCCCAUGGCCUCGGUGCACCUGGCAAAGCCUGA